AUAAUUGUGCUAAUUUGUGAUACAUGUGGCAUUCCACUAACCUAAUGUUUUACUGUAGGCUGGGACAGUGACAUGUGUGCUAUCUUUCUGCUUCUACAUCUGCUACCACCAUCUGCACAAGGACGGAAGAGGCCAGGAAAGAUGUCUGCAUCACAAGCUGUGGAUCACCUCAUAAGAUUCAUCAAAGCUGGAACCAGUGUACAGCAGCAUCUUGAUGACAUCACCCAAAGCAGUCAGCCCUAACUUCUUGCUCAGGGACCCACAAGAAGCAGGAUUCACACCUUCUUCAUUGUGAUUGACAAGCAUGCACUUCCAUGUAAGGCGACAGGUUCAGUGGGAGCCCUUGACGAACUCUUUAGGGCCCAUUAUGUCUUUGGUACGCCCUACAGUUCUUCCCUGACAAAUUUUUUCACUUUUCUGCAAACAACCAUUUACAACAUUGACAUUGGAGGAACAAAGGAAACUCCUAGAGUUGCGAGCAAGAAUGGUGCAUGAGAUCACACAAUGAAGCGUUUUCUUUGCAAAAGUGAACAUUUUAGACCAAACAGCCUUAUAAAGCAUCUUAAAAUUAUCCAUGGUCUCUGCACUGGCAGGACUUUUAAUCCUAAAUGUAGGCAGGCAGGAUGCUCACGUUCUUUGGUUAGUUUUUCUGGCUUUAGGAAGCAUCUAAACAAAUGUCAUGUAAGCGGUUCAUUUGAGUCCAUAGAAGAAGGUGAUUUUUCACCUCAUCAAGGUGUUGACACAAGUAUUGCCACUGCUGUUGAUGGGUCAUCUGAACAUUUAGAGGCCGAGUCAGAAUUCUCUUUAGCAAACCUUGUAAAUAGUUGUGCAGCUGUAAUUUCUGACUUAAAGGCAGCAGGUGUAGGCCACAGUGUUGUGAAUUCUGUUGUGAUUUCCAUGGAAGAGAUUGUUCAAGAUAUCCAGCAGCAUGCAAAAGAAACUGUGAUUAAGCAUGUUUUUAAUGAUGAAAGAGAAACUGAAAUGUGCAAGAAAGUUGAAGCAUGUUUUGAGGAGUUAGAGAAUCCUUUCACAAUUCUGAAUUCAGAAUACAAGUGGUCAAAAUUCUUCUUUGGCAAGUUUGAAACUGUCGAACCAGUUGAGUGUGUGAUUGGCUCAAGACUUGACACAAGGCGAAAUAAAGAGACUGGAACAUAUGAUCAAACAGUUGUUCAAGAUAAAUUCAUGUAUGUUCCAAUUUUGUCUACAUUGGAGUCAAUAUUUAAAAGUCCGUAUACUGCAGAAAUGUUGUGCUCUGCCACUGACGACUCAAGACUCAGAAAUAUUUGUGAUGGAUCUUUAUUUAAGACUCACCUUCUGUUUUCAACUGAAAAGCACACAGUGCAGAUCCAAAUGUUCUAUGAUGACUUUGAGGUUGCGAAUUCUCUUGGUUCCAAGCGAGGUAUUCAUAAACUGGGUGCACUAUAUUUUACCUUAAGAAACUUCUCUCCAAAAUGGAAUUCUCUUUUGGCCAACAUACACCUGUGUGCCUUAUUUCAUGCACAAGAUCUUAAACGGUAUGGUUUUAGUGAAAUACUUGCUCCUAUUGUUCGAGAUAUUAAACUGUUAGAGACUGAUGGUAUUGAGAUUCCAAUAUAUAGUGGCCGUGUUCGUGGAAGUUUGGUACAGGUCACUGGGGAUAAUUUAGGCUUACAUAGCUUGUUCGGUCUGGUGGAGUCUUUCAGUGCCAGGUACUGUUGCAGGUUUUGUUUAGCUGAAAAAGAUGACUUUCAAACAGAAUUCUCUGAAGAGUCCUCCAAAAUAGUCUUGCGCACCAAAGACACCUACACUGCUCAUUGUCAAGAAAUGGCUCAUAAUCCAUCUCUCCCUUAUGUUUUUGGUGUAAAGAGUUCAUGCUUAUUGAAUUCACUGACGUAUUUUCACAUAGCAGAGAACUUCUCAGUUGAUGUGAUGCAUGAUAUUUUGGAGGGGGUGGCCCAGUACGAACUGAAGCUUUUGUUUUCGUAUUUUAAAGAACGCGUUACACUUGGGGAGCUGAAUUUGAGAAUAGAAAGUUUUGAUUAUGGAUUCAUGGAGAGAAACAAUAGGCCAGUGGCUGUAAAUUUCUAAUGAUUCUAAUGAGUCUAAUGAUUUGGGAUUGAAUGCAGUUCAGUCGUGGUGCUUAUUGAGGAAUGUUCCACUCAUCUUUGGAGAUUUGGUAACCUCUACUGACCAACAUUGGGGCCUACUGCUUUUAUUACUUCAAAUAAUAAACAUUGUAUUUUCUCCCAUGUUAUCUCAAGGCCUGUGUGUAUAUUUAAAACACUUGAUUGUUGAACACCACAAACUGUUCAAGAUGGUGUUUCCCCAGAAAAACUUUUACCAAAGCACCAUUUUCUUAUCCACUAUCCCCGCUGCAUUCAGAAAAUAGGACCUGUACUUCAUAGCUGGUGCAUGCGCUAUGAAGGUAAGCAUAAUUUUUUUUAAGGAAAAGCUCAAAUCCUUUAAAAAUAUCACUAAAACGUUGGCCAAAAAACAUCAGAAUCAUAUGGCAUAUAUUUGGCGAUCUUCAACAACUUUUAGUCGGCUGGAUAUUGGUCCAGGAAAAAUGGUGUCUUUAAAAAUGGUAAAAGGAGGUUCUGGAAUUGCCAUGUCAAUGCAACUGCCCAGUAAUGUUCAAGUUAUGAAAGUGAAUUGGGCUAAUCACAAUGGUUUUGUUUACCACCCACAUCUGGUCAAUUGUGGCAAAGUUGAAUCUGAAAUGCCUCUUUUUUUACCAGAUUGUGUCAGUUCUAAUAAUGCAUGAGAAAUUGUUGCUACUCACUUCACCUUUAUUUACAGUAACUUUCCAAGAACAUUUCAAUGCAUGUGAAGUGACCAGAAGCAAGAUUUUGUUGUCUUCCAUGUUGACAAUCUGCAAUAUCCUAGGCCUUUUGACAUACAAAUGUCAUAUGGAGUGAAUGACACAGCUCUCUUUGUUGUACCAUAUUGUUUUUUAUUGGUGAGCACCGUGUAAUGUGGGUAACAUGUUUUAUCUCACUCACAAAACAUAAUAAAUGC